UGUGUUCCGCGCAUAAUACAAAGUUAGAUCGAUCGUCCGCUCCCAAAACUUUGAAAGUGCCUUGCCUUUAAUGCAAUAACUUACGAAAAAAACUUAAAUAUCUAUAUUAAAUGAUUGAACAAUGUUUUUUCAAUAACCUUAAUUAAAAAAAUAGCCAGCAAGUGUCAUUUAAAAAAAAAUUCCCGUCGAAAAUACAAAAAAUCAGAGGCCAGGAGCUUUGCUCUGUCCUUCAUCUGGACCUAUUGUAUAUAGGAAAAAAUGUUUGAUUUUAUUUUAUCUUUAUUUCCAGCUUUCCAAGUUUUCGUGAUCAGUACUCAGACCAAGUUUUAGUGACCAGUGCUCAUACCAAGUUUUAGUGAUCCAUCCUACUUGAUUCUUCAACGCAAAAAUGAAUCGAGUAAUCUUUGGAAUCGCUGCUGCAGGAGUGUCUGCCUUAACGGUUUACCAUUGGUAUUCGGCUCGAAAGCGCGAAGUUAUUUCUUCUACUGAUGUCGACAAUUUGAACGGGAGAAGUUCUGUCUAUCCCCAUGUUUUGUCCGUCGACAUCGGUGAAGAAUCUUCGACUUCGGGAAACGUCAAUACUGGUGACCUUAAGGAUGAGAUUGCCCUGCUGAAGGAGGAAGCGUCGAGACUGGAAAAGGAAAGAGACGAAUUCGCUUUGCAGACGCAGAAAUUAUCUGAACAACUUUAUUGUCAAGAGACAGCCGAACGCGAGUAUCUGCAAGCGAAGAGCUCAUACCUUCAGGUUGAAAUCGACAUUAAACAAAGACUUUUCGAAAAUGAUCUUGAUGAUCUUCGAGCCGCAAAUCGUGACGCGAUUAUUGCAAUGCAUGACGAUUUAUCCCAACAAAAUUUGGCACUAGAGUUGGAUAAUGCUCGUCUUCGUUGCCAGAACGAUUUGGUUUCGAAUGAUCUGAUCAACGUUACAGCUGAACGAGACCGAGCUGUCGUGGAGAAUGCCGCUCUGGCCGAAGAAGUCGGCGACGUUCAAUCCAAGUGGCAAGCAGCACAGACCAACGUGCAAGCCCUACAAACAGCAGCUGAUUGCCGCGAAAGCGAGUUACUGCAAAUUCGUGCUGAACUGGUUUCCAGCGCAGCAAGAAUUGCAGAACUAGAAUCAGUUAACCUUUGUCAGACCAACAAGCUUGCCGAAUUGGAAAUGAUCACACAAGGGCAGAGCAGAUCGACUCUCAUCACUCCGGAAUCGGAGCACCCCCCCGUUGCUACUCUGGUGGAGAAUGAAGACUUGCCCGAACUGCACGCUAGUGAUGAACAAGCUGUUGAGGCUGUUGUUGACGAAUCUGCCAAGCCAUCUUCCCAAGAUGACGUGCAGGACGUCCCUGUUCCUCCACUCGUGCAAGAGGCAGCAGCUCCGCGCUGUGGGGAGAUCGCUCAGAAGCCAGAGGUACCCGUAUUUCCCUGUAUGGAUAUCCGCUUUAGGAAUCAAGAUAUCCAAGGAUAUUCCGUCCUCCUGGAAUCGUCUGGAGGACUUCAGGCUGACAUCAGCCCAAAGCAAGAUGUCGUUGAGGAGGUGAAACCUGUGGCAUCACCACCAGCCAAACAGGAGGCGCCGCCUAACGUGAAAUCUUGCGAUUUUAAGGUCAUCAACGCAGUCGUUGAACAAGAACUACCUGGAAGCUAUCAACUGAACGUUGCUUCGCAACAUUACGGCCACAUUAUCGGCAAAGAGGGGAAACAUGUCAGGGCGUUCCAGGAGGCGCACGGCGUAAGGGUAGUGGUUACGCCACCAAGAGGGCCGCACAGUCAAGUUCGAGUCUUGAUUACACAAGGGAACAACGAAGGGCGCCGCAACGUGGCCAAGCAAAUUGUAGAAUCUCUACCAUCCAUCGUCGAGAUUCCUUUUGCGUCCUUAGGACAGCUCACACCUCAGCGUAAGAAGCAGCUGUGGCACCGCUACUUUGUAGACAUGGUUGAAGAUGAAUCGAACAAGAAGUGCGUGUUGCGCGGAAAAUUAGGCAGCUGCCUGCGCCUGUUCAAGGAGCAGAAAGUCUAAAAAGUCUAAUUUAUCCUUCACCUCCGAUGCUGACUCCUAUUUUCAUCAUCAUUUCUACACAACGUAAAUAUCUUUCUUUACUUACAGUAUGUAUAUAUGUGCCGCAAAAUUGUUCUUUUCGACGCGACAAAGUUCAAAAUUCACUGUUUGAUAUUUUUGAUAAUGUUGCUUUCUAUACCUUAUACAUGUUGUAAAUAUCUUUCUGUACUUAUUUGUCUCUUCCACGAAAUUGUUCUUUUUGAUUCUAAAGUUCAAAAUUCACAGUUUGAUAUUUUCAAUAAUGUUUAAUUUUAUCUUAUACAUGUUGUAAAUAUCUUUCUUUACUUAUGAAUCCCUCUCCACAAAAUUGUUCUUUUCGACCCCAAAGUUCAAAAUUCACAGUUUGAUAUUUUGAAUAAUGUUUGGUUUUACUUUGCACAUAUUGUUAAUAUCUUCCUUUCUUAUAUAUUUGUCUCUUCCCCAAAAUUGUUCUUUUCGGUCCACUUUCUCCAAAAUUCCCUCUUUCGUAUUCAAUAAAAUUUCUCUCUUAUCAUAA